AUAUGGGUACUAAUCGGAUCAAUGUCGUCAGCGGUCGUCAGUGUAGUGGAAGACUGGUGUUCCGAAAUUUGACAGAUAAUGGAAGAGGUAGCGAGCGACGAAACACAAUUUGUGGUGGACGAAGUUAGCACCAUAAUUAAAGAAGCAAUAGAAAAUUCUAUUGGAGGAAAUGCGUAUCAACACAACAAAGUCAACCAAUGGACAUCAUCUGUCGUCGAAGCGUGUUUAGGAGCCUUGACCAAACUACAAAAACCAUUUAAAUAUAUUGUGACCUGUACCAUAAUGCAGAAGAAUGGUGCAGGACUUCACACCGCGAGCUCAUGUUUCUGGGACAACAGUACAGAUGGCAGCUGCACAGUUCGUUGGGAGAACAAGACCAUGUACUGUAUCGUAUCUGUGUUUGGUCUGGCCAUCUAGAGCCGCACAUGCUUCUGGACACAUUGACCAUACUCGUCAGCUUUCAAGAAGGUGCCACUUUGCUAUAGGGUCUGGCAGAAAGCAUUAUACAUUUCAUAAAUUAAGUAACAGUACUGUAAAUGAAAAGGCAAUUAUAUAGAAACAUAUAAUAUUAAACUUACUUCAAAUUAUUUGUGCAUUACAGUUCUCUUUUUUUUUGGUACAUGUAAAACUCUUUGAAAAUUACAAUAUUUAACUCCACUGUUACCAUAAGAAAUCUGUUUACUGUUGUAUACACUGUAAAUUAAUCGUUGCUUGAAUCUUAAAUGAAGAAUGUUCUGAGGAUGAUC